AUGAAGAGAGAGGCGGUGCUUCUGCUCAUCAGGUCUGAUCCACAGCGCAUAAAGAGCGCUGCCGCGGAGAGGAGAGAGCAGGACGAACGGCACGAAUGAGCGACGCACGCUAAAGAUAUUUUAAAAGAAAGAUGAAGAUUACCCUCUGCGUUUUCCUGUCCAUUACAGCAGGGAGUGUCUAUGGCCAGGUUAAACAGCUGCAUGAACGUGUGGGACAGAGCGUGAAGUUCCCAACCGAAGUGAAGAACAGCGGGGAAGUGAUGUACCGCGGUAGGGUAAUUGCCAACGUGAACGACGGUCAAAGAGUGCCAAACUCUGACAACAGAAUGCACUGGGAAAGCCACACUGGAUUUUUCUCCCUCUCCAACCUCACGAUGGAGGACAAAGGAGAGUAUAAAGUGAAAAACAAUGGGGAAAAGCCUGUAGAGGUGAAAUACCAGCUGACGGUGUAUGUUCCUGUAUCAAAACCCCAUAUUACCAUCACUUAUAAUGAAUACCCCUGCAAAUUAAACUGCACUGUGGAGAGAGGGACAGACGCGACCCUGACCUGGCACAGAGGGGAUGAGGAGAAACCGUACAGUAUCUCCUCUGUACGCAGUGUCCCAUAUCUGGAUUUACCUCAGACUGUGGAGAGGAGCGGUACCUACACCUGUGAGGCGAAGAACUCUGUCAGUACUGAGAGAUCAGACCCACUGACUGUGGGAGACCACUGCACAGGUGGAGCUGCAGGCAGCUGGCAGACGGAGGGCUGUAGAGUGUGGAGCCUGGCUCUGGGACUUGUUGUGAUGCUGCACAGUCUUCUGGUCUAAACCUGGUGGGGGAGAAUGAACUUUGACCUCUGAAAGGGCUAUUAAGAUUGGGCCUUGAGGUGAAAGUGGGGGCAGUUGGUAGAAGAAGGGAAGACUGAGCGUGGAGCAUCUAGCUGAGACCCUGCUCACUAGCGACUGUCUUGUUGUUCUAUGUUGUUCAAAUUAGAGUUAUUAGUUUGAAUUUAUAGUUAUAGUUGAAUCAAGUCACAGAGCUUUAAGCAAACCCUUGGGCACUAAACCCCACGCCUUACAGUAGCUUUGUUUGCUGAGCUGUUCAGAUACUUUGCUCUCGGUCUCACAGUCCUGCCACAAAAGUUCAGAACAACACACCUGGACAAUCUCACAAGAUCAGUAAAUGAUCAUUGUUUCCAGUGUUGAAAAUGUCUCGGCUGUGUAUUUAUUUACAUUCAGUUCAGCUACUCUUACAUUGUAUAAGUCCGUAAGAGUGUUUUACCAUUUAUGUCACACUAGGUCACAGAGAGUCCUGAUGGGCUGUUUCCUGUUUCUGUUCUGCAGAUGAGUCAGAGCUGCAGAGGGCCCAGCAGGUUUCUGUUCUCCUGUCAUCCUGUCAUCCUGUCAUCCUCCACCUCAUGGGUCUAACUCUGUCCUGGGGGGCCCCGUGUCUGCUGCCUGCCCCCUCUGUCUGUUCCCCCCCUGUGUCCGCUGCACCCUCUCUAUCUGCCAGUCAGACCCUUCAAUCUCAGAUAACCGUCACACGAUAAAAGACAAUUUCACUGUCAUGGAAUUUCAUUUUUCUGAACUUCUUAAACUGUUGCUGAUAGAACUCUGUUUAUUCCAUGUGCUCCUUACCUUCUGAAGCUGGGUGUACUGCAGCUCAGUGUCUCUGUGUCCACACCUUCUGAAGCUGUGUACUCCAGCUCAGUGUCUCUCUGUGUCCACACCUUCUGAAGCUGUGUACUCCAGCUCAGUGUCUCUGUGUGUCCACACCUUCUGAAGCUGUGCACUCCAGCUCAGAGUCUCUCUGUGUCCACACCUUCUGAAGCUGUGUACUCCAGCUCAGUGUCUCUCUGUGUCCACACCUUCUGAAGCUGUGUAGUCCAGCUCAGUGUCUCUCUGUGUCCACACCUUCUGAAGCUGUGCACUCCAACUCAGAGUCUCUCUGUGUCCACACCUUCUGAAGCUGUGUACUCCAGCUCAGUGAGUGUCUUUCUCUGUCAACAUUGAUGUGAAAUCCUGCUGUUUCAUUGCCAUUUUAAUUCAACGUUACUCAUGUUAACUGCCUUUUUAUGGUUUAAUUCAGUCAUAUCACUUGUUCAGUUUAAUUUACUUCAGUGUCAUAUCGGUGCGGUUCAGUUUAUAGUUUAAUUCAAUUUUGUAUCCGUUUGUUCAGUUUAUUGUGUAAUUCAGUGUCAUGUCUCUGUCUCUUAUCUGUCUCUCAGGUGUUUAACAUUCAGAGUGGGGAUUCCUUAAUGCUACUGGAUUGUAUUACGUAUUUUAAGGAACAAAUUGAAACAUUUCUGUUGUGUCUGUGAAUUAUUUUCAGUGAUUAUGGGCUCCUAUUCCACAUAUGACACUGAAUUGUUGCAUUUAUAACUGACUCAUGUUCAAAUAAAAAUAUAUUUCUGAAUGGG